CCUUCUCCACGCUUAAAAGAUGAGACGUGUUUCUCCAACUUGAACAGGUACCAGAUCCGUAUCUACCUCAACAAUCAGACAGUAUAACUUAAUUCUAAAGGAUUCGUAUCGCUCUCACUUACCAGCUAUCAGUCUUUUAUCAAAGCUACUCAAACCCUAUACUACUCAUCAUGGCCAAGCAACAGAAAGAUAAUGAGAUCAUCGAAAUCGCCAAAGGCCUCAAGGGUACACCAUGGUGCGAAGAGUACGAGAAGAUGAUCUCUGGUAUGCUCUACAACCCCCUGCACCCUGAACUCUUGGAUGGCCGCCACAGAGCGCGCGGUCUGGCGUACAAGUACAACAACAUUGAUCCCAGCGCUGGCACUCGCGAGGAGAUCGACGACAAGCGAGCUCAGAUGCUUUCGGAGAUGCUCGGAAAGGUCGGCAAGGGGACGUACAUUGAGACGCCCUUCAUGCCUGACUACGGAAGCAAUGUCUCCAUCGGCGAGAACUGCUUCAUGAACUUUGGCUUGACCAUCCUAGAUACCAGUCUCGUCAUCAUCGGCGACCGCGUCCAGAUGGGUCCCAACGUACAUAUCUACACAGCAGGCCACGAGACGAGUGUUCUAUCCAGGAUCAAGUUCGUCGAGUUUGGACAUCCCAUCCGUAUUGAAGACGACUGCUGGAUCGGUGGCAAUGUGGUUAUCCUCCCUGGUGUAACUAUUGGCCGAGGCUGUACUGUUGGCGCCGGGGCAGUGGUUACUAAGAGUCUGCCCCCCUACUCGAUCGCCCUAGGCGCCCCUGCUAAGGUGGUCAAGACGAUACAGAGCGUGGAGGAGGAGUUGGCGGAUCCUAACAACCCUUUCCGAAACAUGCCCGAUCGAGAGUAGAUAACACUUCAUAUUUAGUACCGAAAAUAGAAGUUUUCGUUGCGUGGAACUUGUCAUUGUCGGUUUGGGCAUCUAUUGACAUAAUUGUAUACUCUUUGUAACUAGUCCAUGUAUCGCCUUCCAUUCUUCAUCUGUUGAU